AUGUACAAGCUUAAUAAAAUUAAAAUGCUAGGGAAAUUCAUUAAAUUUUGGCUUCUGCUCCUUUAUGGAAUAGUAUCGGGCCAAUAUCUCAAUGUUCCAAUUCUAUAUAGUCAAUAUACACCAAAGCCUGCAGUAGAUAUGAUAUGGAAAGAAUUUAAUUGUCCAGACAUCAGUUAUCCAUGAUGCUAUGGGAAUCCUUAUGCAUUUUUCAUGCCUUUUGAAAUAAAUGACGUAAAAGAUUUUGAAGAAUUCAUAUCAAACCAAGAUAUUAUUUUUAUUUUAGACAUCACUCUUUCGUCAGUAAUAAGCUCCUACAUCAGUUCGAAUACAGAAAUCUAUCAAUUUAUCCAUCUCGUUCUCGACUAUACUCCCUCUACUAUUCCAGCAUUAACUUAUUUUUCAACUAAUUAUAUCACUGGGUUCCGAGAUUCAGCCAUUUCUCUAGUAAAAUAUUUUGGCUUACAAAAAGUUGCUGUACUUUUGAGUCAGGGAAACUCAGAAAUGGAUUUUCGAGUAGCCUCUGAUAUUGAGGUAGUUUUUCAAGCUAUUCUUCCAGCUGAACUUUCUUAUGAAACCAUUUAUAUCAUUGUAUCUAAACAGAUUAAGCCACUUGGCAUAAAAACAAUUAUUAUUGCAACUGAUGAGUAUCUUUCUAAGCUAAUCCAGCAAGCCAUUUUAGAAGCUGAGAUGGAUAAGAAUGAGUAUGUCUAUGUUUUCAUCCAUCAAAGUGCUUAUACUGCUUAUCUUGAAGGAGCAUUUUUAAUCGAAGAUUAUGGAUGGAUAUCUAAAGGCUAUGUGAAUUAUGCAGCUGAUUUAAUUAAUAUCGCAGCUAGUUUUCCAAUCAGACUUUUGUAUUCAUAUCCUAUUACAGGGUCGUAUUCAUUAUAUACAUAUUACAGAGUUUUGAUCAGUAAUAUUAAUCUUUAUAGAUUCUAUUUUUUCAAUAUACAAGAUAGUGAAGCAAUUUUGUUAGGAAAUAUCGAUAAUAGGGUUGUUAACCCAUAUGGUCCAAUUACAUUCAGAGGAGGUGUGAUUCCUGAUAAUUCAAAGAUUAAACUCCCAAUAAGUAUUUCAGGUGGAUAUGCUAAUCCAGAUGGAUCUAAAUAUUUCUUUAAUGCAGAAUGUCAAUAUGGGUCAGUAAGUGCUGUAAAUGCUAUUAAUACAGAAUUUAAUAUUCUUGAGAAUUUUGAUCUUAUUAUAUACAAUAUAACAGAUUGUGGGGCUUCUUAUUUUGAUGGUAGUUAUGCAAGUAAAUGUUUUAGUAAGCAUAGAAAUGAUUUGGGCUAUUUUCAUGUCCCUUCUCAACAAAUUUCUAUGAUUGACGGUACUAUGACUGUUUUUAAAGCUUUAAAUAUUUCAGUCCCUGUAUUAGGUGUCCAAGCUUCAGCAUCAUUAAACAGUGAUUAUUUCCCUCAAUAUACAAGUGUGUCAUUUUCCAACACUUAUUCAGCAAGUGCCAUCGUAUUUCUUCUGGCUUCAUAUCGAAUUAAAAGAGUUUCGCUACUUUAUCUUGACAAUUCUUCAGGAAAAAAUUUUAAAAAUAUUUUUGUAAGCCAAGCAGAAGCGUAUAAAAUUGAAAUUUUAAAUAAAAAUCAAGCAAUUCCAAGUGAUUAUAAUGGGACUGAUAAAUCCAUGCUCCGAGAGAUCGUUGAUAUAAAAUCGAGAUAUGUUGUGAUAGAGGUAACUAAUACAGAAGUGUUUUCAGUAAUAAAUGGGUUCUAUGAAUUAGGAAUGAGAAAAGGAGACCUUUACUUAAUUUUUACAGGAGGCUUUAGUGUAUCAAACUCCGAUAUCGUUGAAAGUGAGCAUACACAACUAUUAGAAAUUGCAGAUGGAUCUCUUUAUAUAAGAUUUUUGUCAUUCUAUGGCUCAUAUGGAAAACAAAUUUAUUCAAAAUUUGAGCAAGAGUAUGGGCUCGUAAAUGAUUACAUGUGUCUAUUUUAUGAUGCAACUUAUUUAGGAGCUUAUGCAAUAGAUUCAAUGAUAAGCAGGGGAUUUAAUUUAAAUAGCUCAGGGAUUGAAGAAUGGAUAAGAAAAGUUCAGUUUAGAGGGUGCUCUGGAAAUGUCCAAAUAAGCAAAAGUGGAAACGACAGGUCUACUAUAAAGGUAGGGGUUUAUAAUCUGAAAUUAAAUAAUGCCAGCUGAGAUAUCACAUUAAGUGGAGUUUAUGACCCUACAAAAGCGAUAGUUUUAGAAGCUUUAGCUGAUAUUUCAUGAUAUACUGAAAACAAUGGGGUUCUUCCAAGUGAGAUUAUUGGGGAUGAUUUAUCUUGCCCAUUUAAGUCUGAUGAAGUAAGGUCAUUCCCAUAUGGAUACUUAAUUAUCGUUAUCAUUGGAGUUCCUUUUCUCAUUUUUGACAUCUAUUUUCUCUAUAAAAAUUUCGGAAGAAAAUUUUCCCAGCUUCAAUGUAAAACUGAAGAAAAUAUACUAGACACUUUGCAAUAUUUUAUAAUGUUAAUUGAAUGCUUGCAAUACAUAGCUAUUGGUCCUGAUUUUAAAGAUCUAUUUCCUGAGUCUUUUAAUAGAAUCACUAAAAUUUCAACACUAGAUCUACGGGGCUGGAAUCCAAAAUAUGAAUUCAAAAUUUGGUACCAAAUAACCUUAAUGGAGUCUUUUUUAGGCCUUUGGCUUGUUUUCUUGGUUUUAAGUAUUUUUGAGUUCUGGAGAAGAUGAAAAAUAUCGUUAAUCAUCAUAGUCAGUGAAAUUGGAAAAAUCUGCCUUCCUAUUAUAGGAGAUAUUUUAUUUUUGCCUAUGAUUUGGUUUUUAUUGCUGACUUUUCAAUGCACAGAAAGUAUCGGCGAUAAGUUUACAGAGAGUUUUCAUAAUCAAGACUGCACUGUUUUUUGCUGAAAAGAUGACCAUGCGAAAUAUGUAGUUGGGUCAAUUUUUUCAAUUUUGGUUUAUUUACCUACAAGCUUAUAUUAUAGACCUGAUUUAAAAGAUAAUAUUGGAGAUAUGGUUUUUCACUUUAAAGAGCAUCCUUGUAAUUCAACUAUCAAAAGCUUUAUGCAGAUUCUUUUAGUAAUUCUUAAUGUUGCAUUGCUGCCUUACUCUGAUACUGCUCAUGCGGUCUGCUUUAUUUUUAUUAUUGGAGUUUUUGGGGUGUUUACAUUAUAUAGAAAGCCUUAUAGCUAUGAUAGAGCUUCUCUAUGGUAUAGCUUAUUUAUUUUUAGUUGUGCUUGGCUUUGAAUUUGCUGUGAGUUUGCAAGAAUUAAUGUGGUUUUUGGGGAAUGCAUUUUGGCGGUUGGCUGGCUUUUGCUAAUUGCUAUUGGAGUUAUUUACCAAAAACGAAAACUUCCUUCAUUUUUGGAGACUCCGAAAGGGCAAGAUAUUUUGAGUCUUUUUAAGUUUCAGUUAUCUAAACUAUCACCUUCAGAAGCUGGAAUUCGGUCUUCAGCAGUUUAUAUUUAUGUGGACAAUAGUAGUGAAGAUAUUGGGAAGAGUGAUAUUUAUAGUGAAAAUUCUUCUUUAAGAUUUUUGCGUUAA